UUGAUCUCCUUUGCCCACACUUUAUCAUGACAUCAUGGUCACCUGAUCUGAGCGCAGAGGAAAUCCUGCUGCUUUGGAGAGGAUGCUGGACACUGCAGAGGAACGUAGAGGAACGUAGCUCGUAGCGUCACCAGCUUUUUUUCCCUCUUCUGGCUCCAAUGUUGUGGAACAGCUUUGUUUUGAAGUGGAUCUGCAAGUUUCUGUAAAACUUUUUGUGCCCAGUCUGAUCAGUACUCAUCAAUCUGAGGUAUUAUAUUGGUUUCUAUUUGGUGAGCAAAGUUUCGAUUCAGAACUUCUCCCACCUCGUGAGGCAGGUGAAAUCGGACCACAUUUGUGGAUUUGCGACUAUGACUUUGGAUACGGAUUUAAUGGACGACCUGGUUAUCGACGUGGUAGGAGAAGGGAGCAAGGAUUCGGCAGAAGAGAGCUGCUCCACCUCACCUCCAGCUGUAUCCGAGGCUGAAUUCAACUCCGAGUCUCUCUCUUCCAGACAUUAUGAAAGCGAUGGGAAAGACAUUGCGUCUUCCAGAUGCCUUCCAGCUGCAGGCAAAGGCGCCUCAGUAAAGCCACCGUAUUCAUACAUCGCCCUGAUCACGAUGGCCAUCCUGCAGAGCCCGAAGAAGCGUCUCACCCUCAGCGAGAUCUGCGACUUCAUCAGCCACCGCUUCGCUUACUAUCGCGAGAAGUUCCCGGCGUGGCAGAACUCCAUUCGCCACAACCUGUCGCUCAAUGACUGUUUCGUGAAGAUGCCGCGGGAGCCGGGCAACCCGGGCAAGGGCAACUACUGGACCCUGGACCCAAACUCGGCGGACAUGUUCGAGAAUGGCAGCUUCCUGCGGCGGAGGAAACGCUUCAAGCGGCAGCAUUUCCGAUUCGGUUUGUUGAAGGAUCACACGUUAGAGCCGUCCGCUUUUCCCAACCUGUCGUACGGCGCGUACGGCCUUGGAGCGUCCUGUGUGCCUUUACCAAGCAUGGACGUCUAUCCGUUUGGAUUCCGCCAUGCCGGUCAGGCGACCUGCGUCCCAGGCGCUCCACCGGGUACCGUCCUUCCGGCGCUGUCGACCUUCUUCUCGCGGAGUUCAAUACAUAAAGCUUUCCCUCCAUCCCAGACGCUCAGUGUGGAGUCUUUAAGCUCAGCCCCGCUUCCCCACAGUUCCCCGUAUGCGCCCUCAGCUCUUCUCCAUCCCAUCGCCUUUCCUCCGUUUCUCAGCCUGCAGUAUGAGUAUCAGAAACUGCAGAACCUGACAGGCAGCUCAGAGGCGCUCAAUAAACACGCGUACAUGAGCAGUGUAGUUGAUUAGCAGCGUUUGGUUUCAUUAUUCUAUUUCUCUCAGGAAAUUUUGGCAUGUUGAUGUGCUUACAGAGGGAGAAAUCCGAAUAUCUCUGGUGGCAUUUCAUGGAGAUUGAACUUUGGACAUUUAUUCCCUUUUGAAUUAAUUGGAUUUUAUUUUGUUGUUGUUGUUGAAGAAAGACUCGUUUUGCUUGAAAUAUUUUCUUAUAUUCAUUUCAUACUACAAAACUGCGAAUUAAAAAAAAUAUUUAACUGACGAAUUUCCUCUUGGCUUUUUGGGAAUUUCUUUUUAACCAUUUGUUUAAAAGAAUCAUGAUUUUUUUG